GGGGGGAAGUCUUUGACCUAUUCCAUUGUUUCGCUGCAGGAACACCCACAUUCUUUACUAGAUACCCUGCCGCAGGCGGUUUGCAUGCCAUUGUCCGUAGAGUCGAGGACCACGAGUUUCCGGCAUGGUGGACGGGUCUAAAAAUGAGCUGACGAUACUUGCUAAAUCGUUCCCAAUGCGUAUUAUUGGGAGGCUUACAAAUUGUAGAACAUGCCGACGUUAUGUGGGCGUCCAUCAACUUCUCGCCGACGUCCACCGAUGCUAUACUUGUUCGCUGACUACCCAGGCUCCAGAGUCCCGACACUCCCUUCGCGUUAGAGCCGAAGUCGCUCUAUACUACCACUUCCGUAGCGACGCACAGCCCCAGUGGAGCUUGAGGAUUAACUCCGCUUACUACAAGGCAAUAGACCGAAGAUUUUUUGACCUGCACUUCGGUCGCAACGUCACACUGUGCCUGGCGGAGCAGGAGCACAAAGGGCCUGAUGCCCCACGCCACUCCUUCAAGGGCGAUUACAUCUUGCUCAUAGCAUGGAAAGCCAUCCAUAGAAGUCCUCCCAAAUGCAAAUGGGGCGAAUCAGUCCAGCCCGAAAGCUCACAUAAGCAGCGCAGUGAACCUCGCACCACCGAAGACAGCCGGGACAGUCCUCGAGAGAGCUCCCUACCUCAGCACGCUACCGCACGUCCAUACGCGUCACGAGACCAGUUCUACGCUCCCCUUUCGUGCCGCUUCGAAGAUCACUGUCAGGUUCCUCUCUUCAGCAUAGUCCUCCCUCGUUACAGAGCUUCCAAGGAAGACUUUGUCCCCGUCGACUCAGUUUCAGAAGCUGUACCAAGCCUUCGAUUCCUCGCAUCGCCUGACGCUUGGCUUCCGGAUAUCGAGCUCAUGUACUGCCCCGCGAAGCUUUCCCCAUCGGCAGAGAUGGACUCGAUGCACUCCGCGUACGACCGAUGUUCCGAACCACGGUCGGACGCAACAGAGACUUGGCUUUGGGAUCCCAAUUCAACGACCGACUUCCUCGCUGCCAUUUCCUGA